UUGAAGCCAGAAUGGGGAAAGCUACAAUAAUGAAAUAAUAUAAACAUCUGCCUCACUUAAACAGCACAAACGCAAAAUAACAUUUAAUUUGGAUACAAAAAUGACCAAAACCAAAGAUUUUUAAAUCUAUUUGGUCUCAAUUCUACCAAAAACUCACAGGUCAUUUUUGGCCAUCUGAUGGUUAUAGAGAAGGCUUUUCCUGACUUGUAGGAAAUGCACACAAAUUUUGUGUCAUGCUUCAUAUUUUAUCAGUAGGUUUCCCUGCUUCCAAUGUGGAAAACAGCAACAGGCCCACACCACUAUGCACCUGCCAUCAUGUUUUACAAUAGAGACUUUAAAUUCCUUCAAAGCAGCUACUCCUUCAAUUUCAGAAUAACUUCUCUAAUUUAUGACAUGUUAUCUUUUUUUCAAGAGUCAUUGAGCAUUUUUUAAAUACUUUCUUUAAAUUGUGAUACAUUCAUGAGGUUUAGUUUCAAAGCUAACAUUGCAAAAAAAUAAUCACAGAUACAGAAAAAUGGAUUGUAUUUCACUUAGAUUAACAGAGAUAAAUGUUUAGCUCAGUAAAUUAUUUAAAGUAAAAUAAUGAUGGUUGUAUUUUAGGAAAAGGGGUGAUGUUAAAUGAUUUUAGCCUCACCUGUUACCUUUAACCUUUUUUUUUCUGGAUGUCAACGUGCUUACUUUACAUGCAUAUCAGGAAGGAUACACUCCUACAACAGGAAAAAGUAAAAGGCAAAUGUUCCAAGUCCUCUGCUUGUUUACUUGUGUCAUUUUCAAAAGAAACAAUUGAUUGAUUUUGUUUAAAGAUUUAAGAAUUAGGUGACUGAAUUGCUAUUUUUUGUGUAGAUGGGGUCAACGACAGAUUAAUUACAGAGAUGUUUGUAGGGGAACAUCCAUGUUUUUUGUUGAGGAGACAAAACUUCGAUCACGUCUUCUUCCCAAACUUUGUGUCAUGUUUCAAGACUUGGAUCCACCUGAUGAUUUAUUCAUAACCCUCUGUCAACAAGUGAUGGAGUCCUCCUGCAGCUGCUCAAUGGUAACACGAUUCUACUAAAGCUCAAUUUUUAGCAGGAGACACAUUAAAGCGAGACAGAUUGACGGUCGUGUUACCUGUCGGCUCACACCGUCCAAAGAUAUUGCACGAAAGGGGAGUUUGUGUGUGUCUGUCUCAGGUUCAUGGAAAGCAUCCUGAGGGGAAUGAAUGGGCCACACCCACUGAGAGAAUAGAGGUAAACAGCACAGCGCUGCUUGGUAUCACUGACAACUCACCAAUGAUCUCCACGACUUCCAGCACAGUGGAGAUGGUUAGGCAAGAAAAACUGGAUAGAAAUGCAGACAUUAUCGAAGAUAAAAACUCAGGACAACUGGGGUGCUUUGGAUGGCUGCUGGUGAUAUUUUCCCUCAUCUUUGUGGUGGCAACCUUUCCACUCACAGGGUUCAUGUGUGUCAAGAUAGUGAAGGAGUAUGAGCGAGCCGUCAUUUUCAGACUUGGCCGGAUUGUAGACAGAAAACCUAAAGGCCCAGGACUCUUUUUUGUCUUGCCCUGCACAGACAACUUUGUAAAAGUUGACUUGAGGACUGUGUCCUUUGACAUUCCUCCUCAAGAGAUUCUUACCAAAGAUUCUGUGACGGUGUCUGUGGACGGUGUGGUCUACUUCCGCAUUCACUGUCCCAUCUCAUCUGUGGCCAAUGUUUCCAAUGCUCACUCAUCUACACGCCUGCUCGCUCAGACCACUCUGAGGAACGUCCUCGGCACCAAAAACCUUUCAGAACUUCUGUCUGACAGGGAAGGCAUUUCUCUCAGUAUGCAGGAAUCCCUGGACGAUGCCACAGAACCAUGGGGUAUCAAGGUGGAGCGUGUGGAGAUCAAAGAUGUGACACUGCCUCAACAGCUGCAAAGAGCAAUGGCAGCAGAAGCAGAGGCCAGUCGGGAGGCCAGGGCUAAGAUCAUUGCUGCGGAGGGAGAGAUGAAAGCCUCAAGAGCUCUGAAAGAAGCCUCUCUAGUGAUGGCUGAAGCUCCAUCUGCUCUCCAGCUCCGAUACUUGCAGACUCUUAGCACCAUAGCAGCAGAGAAAAACUCCACCAUCAUCUUCCCGCUGCCCAUAGAUAUGUUGCAGAGUUUCAUGCAGAGGAAGUAAAGAUGGUCACAAAAUUAGUUAGUUAAAAUUAGUUUGAUUCAGGAGUGUUAACCCUGAAAAGAUGCAGAAGAAGGUUGGAGAGAAAGUCAAUCCAGUGACCCCAGAUACCUGUUAGACUACAAAUCAGGGGUCUGCAACCUUUAGUGGUGAAAGAGCCGUUUGAUCCUGUUUCUCACUGACCAAAAUCCCACGGUUUAGAAAAAUACAUGUUAUUUAGGUUUUUGUGGCCAUUAAGAUCCUCCUUUGUAAAAUGAAGCCUUUAAUUAUUUGUAAUUGAAUGAUAAAAGUCCUAUAUUUUUUCUAUAAAUAAAAUAUUUCAUUUCCUUAGAUUUGAUAGUAAAACAUUCAAGUUCCUUUCAAAAUAAAAUGUCUCAAAAAGGAUCCUCCUGCUGCAGCAGACUUGAAUUAAAAAUGA